CCGAAAAUGGCGGAGUACCUGGCGUCCAUUUUCGGCACAGAGAAGGACAAGGUCAACUGUUCCUUCUAUUUUAAGAUCGGGGCUUGCCGACAUGGAGACCGCUGCUCGAGGUUGCACAACAAGCCGACCUUCAGCCAGACCAUCUUGAUUCAGAACAUCUACCGAAAUCCCCAGAACAGCGCCCAGACGGCAGAUGCCUCACGCUCAGGUGCCGUCAGUGACGUGGAAAUGCAGGAGCACUAUGACGAGUUCUUCGAGGAGGUGUUCGCGGAGAUGGAGGAGAAGUACGGAGCGGUGGAGGAGAUGAACGUGUGCGAUAACUUGGGCGACCACCUCGUGGGAAACGUCUACGUUAAGUUUCGUCGUGAGGAGGAUGCAGAAAAAGCCGUCAUGGAUCUGAACAACCGCUGGUUCAACGCUCAACCCAUCCACUCGGAGCUCUCCCCAGUCACCGACUUCAGGGAAGCUUGCUGCCGCCAGUAUGAAAUGGGAGAGUGCACCCGAGGCGGCUUCUGCAACUUCAUGCACCUUAAACCAAUAUCACGGGAACUUCGGAGGGACUUGUACGGCCGCCGGAGGAAAGGCCAGCGCUCCGGCUCGCCUCCCCGGGAACAACGCUCUCGCUCCAGGGAUCGCCGGCGGGAUCGUGAAAGGCGAAGGUCGAGGGAUCGGGAGCGUUCCGGAAGGUUCUAAAGGUUCUAAAGGUUCUGAAGGAAGCCGAGACUCUCCCAAUGUUCCCACAGCACAUCCCUCCCCCUCCACCCCAGCCGUGAUGACAAAGUUAUUUUCUUUUUGUGAAUUGUAUGAAGGUUGUUCUUGUUUCUUUUAUUCCCUUUUUUAAAGACGAGCUUGUGUCGCUUUCUCAAUAAAACAUAUUUGUAACUUUA